UUGGCUUAGGGCCGACGGCCGACGAUCGAGGCGGCGCGUGCUGGCCCGCGCGUUGCGCAGCCGGGCCAUGUCCGACCACGGGGGCGCUCGCGCGGACUGCCCCCGAGGCAUCGGCGCCUCGCUGCUCUGGCCGGACGUCCCGGAGCACCUGCUGGGCCCGCACCCCGUCGUGUACUCCUUCGCCAUCCCAGUGGCCGGAGUCUGCUUGAUCGCCACCUCCCUCAUCUCGGCGCCGCACUUGUGGAGGCUCUCGGCGCCGGACGCGGCGGGAGCCAAAAUGGCGCUGCGGGUGAGGCAGGUUCGCACCGUCGCCGCCGUGCCCUUGACGAUAGUCGCCUUCAAGUUCGCCGCCAUGGUUGCUCCCAGGAUUUGGAAGCUACUCUUCUUGCUGGCGGCGGGCUACGAAGUGUUCGCCUUCUGGACUCUGGUCCAGCUGCUGCUCGGCAUGGUGGCGCCGUCCUUCGAUGAGGCUGUGCAGGAGCUCGCGGCGCUGUCCGACACGAAGAUGUGGUCCGUGCCGCCUGUGGCAUGCUGCUUCAGGCCUUUUGCCACUCCACAACCACCGCGACGAGAGGACCUCCUCAUCAUUCGUUGCCUUGUGUGGCAAUUCAUCAUAUUCGUUCCCGCGAUUGCCGCGGCGGAGAUGGCCGAGGAACUACCAGAACGACUUCAUAACAUCCUGCCAAAGCUGGAAACGCUCUCGUUGGUUACAGCCAUGUACGGCAUCUUCGCGCUGCUAGAAGCCACACACGAAGUGUUGAUAGAGCGGAGGACGCACGCCAAGUUCUGGGUGGUGAAGGGCACGUUCAUUGCGAAUUUGGCAUCAUUUCGACUUGCAUGCGCGUUUGUCCGGAGCGACGUCCGAGUUGGAAACAUGUGUUACACCAGUGAAACAAUAGCCACAGCAUGGUCUGGCUUGUUCGCGGCAGUUAUGUCCGUACCCCUGGCAUUAUUGAGCACAUACGCGUACCCACAGGAUGAUUUGAUUGAUAAGGCUAAGUUUGGAGAGGGAGACUCUUUGUUCAAAGCGAUGUGAGAAUUCGAUUGGCUUAGGGUAUUGCACUUUCAAUGUCAGCCAUACAGUCAAUCCGCAUAGUAACGAUGAGCAAUUUUCCAAGGUUACACUUGCAUCCUUCACCUUCGGCCCAUCCUUGGCCGCUUUCGCUGGCCGCGCCCCGCUUGCAUAGUGUCGACGUGGCCUUCCAAGGCCCUUGCAUCAUAUCGUGCGUCCUUAUUGUAUGGGUUGGCUGUACCAACAGCUUUGUAACAAUUUGAAGCAAAGGACGUGUAAUCCAGAAGCAGCCGUGCUCGUCUCUAGCAAUACCAAUCUCACCGGAGCAAUCUCUCUGGCUUUCGAUCACCCGUUGCAGCCAGUAACGACGACGUAUUUGACGAGUCACCGCCGCCUCUGACCUCGGGGAAAACCAUGCGCAGCCGAGCGUGAGGCGAAAGCUUGGUCAACGCGAGGGAAGGUCGGUCAUAUUCAACGAGUUCUUGUCUGUCGAAGCGCCUGGGCCGCAUUGUUGACGCGCCUGGCGGUGCCACGAGGAAGAGUUUUUUCUUAUCAGGCAGAGGAAUGCGGGGAAAGAGUCCACAGCAAACCAAGGAUUCAUCAACGCAGAAUACGCAUCAUGUUUAACCAAUGCUUCUUUGUUCGGCAUUGCUCGGCAAGUAUGCUGUAGCUGGAAUCAUGAGAGUAGCGCUGAAUUAGUCAUACCCUCUCCCGAGUUCUUGAAGCCACCAUGAAUUUUCCACGCUGCAUCGAUGGUGACAUGCAGGGCUCUUGCUACGCCGUACCCAGUGGGGUCAUUUGUGAGCAGCGCAGCUGCAGACGAGUUGUAGUGUUGGCAACCGACGCCUCGAAUGUUGCGCAUGCCAUGGAGCGCCCACUCGGAUUCUGGGCUGUAGCGCAAGCGCAUUCGGUGUUUUCGAAAA